AUGAAACUACUAUUCAUAUGUAUUACUUGUAUUGUAUUUUUGAUGAUGAAGCUUGGAGAAUGUGAUGUGAUGCCGUAUUUGACGAUCAGUUAUAUGGGGACUGGACAAGAUGGCUUGAAGACUGUCACACAUCAGUUGAUAUAUAAAGAAGCACUGGCUAUCCCGAUCGGAAGUCUCAAUCCUCCUCGUAAAGGAAUCACUGGUCAGAUUGUCGAUUUUGGACCCUCAAGCAACUCCUGGACUCGGAUUCCACCUAAUGGAUCCUUUAUCGCUACUUUUGCAAACUGUAUGCCUGUAAAUCCGUCUGUACUGCAAUACGUCGUUGACCAAGGACCAGCUGCAUUGCUAUUUCACUCUUAUGGAUGUGCACAGAAACCUGCAGUCACUAUACUCCCAUCCAGUAUGAAUAUAUGUGCACUAGUCUUGGACGAUGUCGUAGCGAGACCCGUCUUGGCCAUGAUACCAGCUCAGAUAAACGGAACCGUCGGCGGAAUACCUGACAAGGUGCCUGAAGAAUCUACUACUCCUGAUCGUGUCGCAUCAGGAAUCUCCAUAGGAUUAGUAAUCGUGUAUAGUAUCGUCCUAGGAAGUGUCCUCGUCGGUGUCUGCUACAUUUGCUCACAUCUAGCCAGAGCUCGGUGCUGUUGGCCACGUAACGACAAUGACACGAAUGCAGCAUCUCCAUUAGGAGUACAUCAUACUCAUCCCUCUGACCGUGCUAGACGCGACGAUGCAAUGAGAUUGAAUAUGGGCGGUCUUUUACCACAAGAGUGGAGAAAGAUGCGUAUUGAUACGCUUCCGAUUAUGAUUUACUCUGCUACGCAACAUAGAGCUUAUAAACUACCUCGUGACUCUAUUGAUGUUGCUGAACCAAAGGAUCGGAAGGAUUCAGCUUGUCAGAUAGACUUCGCUCCUUUAUCAAAGUCUGAGGUUCAUGAUGGUCGUCAUGAUGAGAAGCUUGAUUGUAAGGAGGAUGAAAAGGAUGAUGCCGUAUAUGAGCAAGACGCUUGCUGUAUCUGCAUUGAGGACUACAAGGAUGGUGAUAAACUGAGGGAGUUGUUGUGUGGGCAUUACUUUCAUAUUCAGUGUAUCGAUCCAUGGCUAUCGCGUGAUUCUCCGUUCUGUCCUCUAUGCAAGGCAGACACUCUCACGCCAAGGAGAAGCGUCAUCUUUGAACCAACUUCUCCAUCCAUCGUCAUUCCUAUAUUGGAAGCAGGACAAGAAGACGAUGGAGAAGAAGAAGUGGAAGAGUCAAUGCCAGCUGCACCACCACCAUCAGCUGUAUCGUCAAUGGUGGAUUCGAACGAUACGGUGGCACAUACGGAUAUGGCUACUGCUCCCGUCGAGACUCAUCAUCCAACACUACUACAACAACAACCACAAGGAUUACCAUUCGUCCCAAGUCUAUCACCACAACGAGAUCAGCCAUUUACGCACACUCGUGGUCAUACCUUUCCUGUAUUUCCAACACGUCGAUGGAGAGCGUAUGUCACGGGAAGCUGA